AUGGCGACCUCGAAGACCCUGUCCACGAGCGCCCCGGAGACGGAGCAAGGUACGCAUGUGUUUCGCAUCGUGGGGUACAGCCAGCAAACGGGGCUCGGAAAGCCCAUCAGGUCCGGCAAGUUCUCCGUCGGCGGGCAUAAGUGGGUUGCCUUCUUGUACCCUGUUGUGUCCAAAUUCCCCAAUGGAAUCGACGAGCACCACCAAGUCGCUGGGGUGGCGAUGGGACCCAAAAGCGCAAAGGCGCGGGCGUCCUGCAAGCUGAGGUUAAUCAACCAGAGGACUGGGUUGGCUUUCUCGGUGCAUAAGGCGGCACCGAGGGAGUUCAGCCAUGAUAAUGCCCCCAUGGAAUGGACUAUCACUGUCAUCAAACAGCCAAGGAUACCUGAAGUCAAAUCUUUUCCCAAUAUUGAGGUGCCUCCCUCUGACAUCGCGCUGCAUUUGCCAAGCUGUUGGAAGAAAAGGAGGGAGUGGGAUAUCACAUUCAGUGUAGGAGGAAAAAAUAUCGGAGCACACAAGAUGGUGCUUGCCAUAAGGUCACCCGUAUUCAAAGCAGAACUCUAUGGACCUAUGAGGGAGGAGGGAACAGAGCCCAUUGUGGUCAAAGAUGUGCAGCCUGAUGUUUUCAGGGUCCUUCUCCAUUUCAUAUAUACCGACUCUUUGCCUCCUUUGGAAGAUCUUGAGGAAGAUGAUCGUAAUGAAAUCAUCCGUCACUUGCUUGUUGCUGCGGUUCGAUACGCCAUGGAGAGGCUAAAGCUGAUGUGUCAGAUUAUCCUUUGUGAAAAUCUUAGUAUUCAGACCGUGGCAACCACGCUGGCUUUAGCUGAUCAACAUCAUUGUGACAUGCUUAAGGAUGCUUGCAUUGAAUUUAUGGCCUGUUCAAGUGUUAUGGAUGCUGUGGAGGCAACGCAAGGCUACAAGAAUCUGAAAAGAACUUGCCCAUCUGUUGUAGUUGAAGCGUUGGAAAAGAUAAGUAGGUUUCGUAACGGAUGA